ACACAUCAGUUCACAUUUUUCCAAAUUUUCCGUUAGUUAAAGUAAAUAAACCAUCAUUUAGUGUAAUAUAAUAGUUCUGUGUUUUCAUCUUUAUCAAGCAAGUUACUGUACCUCUACGAUCAAGAAAAAUGCAUUCAUUUUUACGAAGAAAUUCUACUGCCAAACAAGAUGGCGUCACAUCGUCAUCGCCUACGAUAAAAAAUUCAGCGUUAAGAAAGGAUGUAUCCACUAUUGCUGAACCAUUAGAAUCAACGAAUUCUGGUUAUUUAAAGAAAUCUUCUGGAACAAAUAUGUUUCCCCACGGCUCCACUGGGCGAGUUUUUAUGAAGUCGCCUCCGAUUAACAUGGCCUGCUUAGCCCUGAGAAAGUCUAAAGGAAGUAAAAAAAUUAGACCGCAUACUUGUAAACUGCUAAAGUCGGUUGAUACCGAAUGUCAACAUUUAGUACCGUUACACCAGUCGCCUUCAUUGCACACAUCUCGAAUACAAGGGUUACCUAGAGAUGACUCUAGCCUAUCCAUACAACACAAGGAAAAUUUUGCCAGUUUCAGGAAGAAGGCAAUACCAACUUACCUUCUUAAUGAGAUCCACAGUAGUAAUCUUAAACCUGUUACAACCGGCAGCAGUUUAAUAGAUAAUGGCAACAGGCAUAGCCUGCAAGAACACAAUCAUAGCAGCCAUUUGAGUAUGAACGGUUCGGUUCGCAGACGUGAAAGUAUGAGACGGGGGGACGCUAACAAUCUAAAAAUGCCUAACGAGGAAUGGCUCCAAAUGUAUGAAGCUCUCAUUGGGCAUCGUCGCAUAAGUAAUAAUGUUUACAGACAGACAUUACAUUCGUUCACAAACCAUACAGAGUCGGAAGACUUUGCGAACACGAUGCCCAACAGUAGCCAUGUUAACACACAAGCAGAAAUGAAUACAGAUUGUUAUGACGCUGAACCUCAAGUUGAUUAUACAUCCUUAGAUGACGAUAAAAAACUCAGAGCCGAGUGUGAGGUGGACUUAGAUGCCGCAGAACAACAGAUUCGCAUGCUAGACAAAGAAAUGAUUGAGUUGAUGAACGAAGCAUAUCUGGAGGAUCAGGGUGCGUGUUGUUCGGGGCACAAUUCGGAGGAAAUUUCGAAACCUAUCGAUUCAAUUGGGGAAGAUGCUACGGUCAUAUUCAAGAACACUAAUUUUCCGAAACAACAUAGCGAACAUAACUUACUUUCAAUGAUUGAUCAGUUGUUUUCGGAAAUUGAUUACGGAUAUGACAUAAAAUAGCUGCCUUUUAGAAUACAUCCUUAUAGUUUGGAAAAACAUAUCUCUGUAAAACUUGAUCUUGAAAACACAAUACUAUAAUAUUCAUUUUUUAAAUGUAUGAGAAUUCAAUCUUUAAGCUGCUUGUGA